UCAAAGAGGGGGAAAACAGAAACUUCAAACUGAAAUGACAGGCAUAUACAGCCAAAUAUGAUUUUCGUUUUGACAAAUUAAAGGCUAUUGGACAUCACACCAAUCACCAUCAAGAUUUGAAUAUCACACACACACACACACACACACAACAACACCAUCAUCAACAACAACACAUUAUUAUUAGUGCAAUCAACAGUAUCUCUCCAGAUGCAACCAUAAAAACCAAACUUUUGGGUUUGAUUUCACAAGACUGGCCCCUGCCUCCUCUUUUGCAUCAGUAAUGGAAGAUAGCAACUGGGAUCGUUCUACUAAGCCUGAGGGGCUAAAUUUUGAUCACUGCAAUCCCAAUUCAAGCCAGGAAGCUUCUCUUCUUCUUCCAUGGAUGAUCAAUCCUCAGUUUUCAAGCUCAAAUGAGUUCUUCCCUUCAUUUUCAACUCCAUCAGAAGGAAUUAUUGUUGAAGAUAGAGCAGCUUCUGCUUCAAAAAGCCAUAGCCAAGCAGAAAAGAGACGUAGAGACAGAAUCAAUGCUCAGCUUGCAACUCUUAGGAAACUCAUUCCCAAAUCUGAUAAGAUGGAUAAAGCAGCUUUGUUGGGAAGCGCAAUCGAUCAAGUGAAAGAUCUGAAACGAAAAGCAAUGGAAGCCAGCAAGAACAUGACAGUUCCAACAGACAUGGAUGAAGUAACUAUUGACUCCACUGUGGUUGAAGACAAUAGCAGGAAUAACAUUGCGAUAAAGGUAUCGGUUAGUUGUGACGAUCGGCCAGAACUGUUCACAGAGCUCAUCCAAGUGAUCAAAGGAUUGAAGCUCACAACAAUAAGAGCUGAUAUGGCCAGUGUUGGUGGUCGCAUUAAAAGCAUACUUAUCCUUUGCAAUAAAGAUGGUGAAAAAAGUGUCUGCUUAAACACUGUUCAGCAGUCUCUUAAAUUAGUUUUAAGUCGAAUGUCAUCGUCAUCAACUGCCUCAACCUAUCGUAUUAGAAGUAAACGACAGAGGUUCUUCCUCCCUUCGCAAUAUUCAAAGUAGUUUCUCUUCAAUUAUUUAACCAAGAAUAGAGUUAUUGAUUGAAAACCAUGCUUCAAUACAAUCACAAUGGAUUGAACGAAUGAUACAAGGCAAAAGCUGAAGCUAAAGCCAACAACUGUUUCUAAUUAGAACGAGAGAGUUUUGCUGUUGAGAUUCCAAGUUGGAAAACAAAACUAGAUAGGUAAAAUCCAUCAAAAGAUUCGUUAAAGUGUAGUAUUGGAAAGACGGACGAGUCAAAGAACACCAAUAUGUCUCAUUAUGUUAGUUUUCCCUUGACACAACAUAUAGCAACUUUUCAUGAAGUAUUAAGAUCAUGGCGUACUUAAACAGCCUUGCAUUGACCGAAGAGGUGUAACAUAAAUGAUUAGUAAAGAAAAAAAUUCAUAGUA